CCGUUUCUUUGCAGGAAGAUAAAUGUAUGUUUAACAUUAGCAGGAAAGUGCAAUGUAUCCCUUAAAUGUAUGUUUUACAUAAGCAUUAAACAGCUCUCUUGUUUAGACAAUGUUGUUGGCACGUCGUUCAUUUGUGGGUGAUUUUAAAUAACAUCCGGCCACAUUGUUCAGUCGCGUAUAUCGGAAGUGAAAGUAAAUUUUACAAGUAAAACUGCGUUUAGACGCUUUUAAUAUGGUUUAAACGUAUAAAGUGACAUCUGGAAUUUGGAGGAAAUUCUUCAAGUAUGCAGUUUUGUUGACCAUUUCAUAGUUUUAUUUCGACACAGUUCAGUCCAGAUGGAUAGAUCAGAGUCGCCAGAACUCAGCUGUGUGUCUAUGAAGAGUGAUCAGUCUGUGGAUCCUCCAGUCAACUUCAAGGGACCCAAUGAUCUUUGUUCAGUCCAGAUGUAUAGAUCAUAGUCACCAGAACUCAGUUGUGUGUCUAUGAAGAGUGACCAGUCUGUGGAUCCUCCAGUCAACUUCAAACAACCCAAUGAUCUUUGUUGUGUGUCUAUGAAGAGUGACUGGUCUAUGGAUAAACAACAGAACUUUACUGGACAUCCUGAUUUGUGUUUUAGCCCAAAACAACUGCAAAGAUCAGAGUCACAAGAGCCUAGCUGUGUCACCACGAAAAAUGAUGAUUCUCUGGAUCUUCCACCUAACAAUAAAAUGGCCCAUGAUCUAAGGCCUGACUUUCAACAUCCUCAAGCCCUCAACACAUUCAGAUCCAACCUCCAGAAGAAGUUUGAGUGUUUGUGUGAGGGGAUAUCAAAGAUGGGAAACCCAACACCGCUGAAUAAGAUCUACACGGAGCUCUACAUCACAGAGAGUGAAAGUGGAGAGAUCAGUAAUGAACAUGAGGUGAGACAGAUUGAGACACAAUCCAGAAGAACAGAAACAGAGGACACACCAAUAAAAUGCAAAGACAUCUUUAAAACUUUACCUGAUCAACACAAACCCAUCAGACAUUUGCUGACAAAGGGAGUCGCUGGCAUUGGAAAAACAGUCUCAGUGCAGAAGUUCAUUCUUGACUGGGCUGAAGGGAAAAAGAAUCAGGACGUCCACCUCAUAUUUCCACUUCCUUUCAGAGAGCUGAAUCUGAUGAAAGACAAACAACUCAGUCUUCUGGAGCUUCUUCAUGUUUUCUUCCCAGAGACAAAAGAAAUGGAAAUCUUCAGCGGUGAAUAUAAAGUGUUGUUCAUCUUUGAUGGUUUGGAUGAGUGUCGUUUGUCUCUGGAUAUUCAAAGUGUGAGGAUGUGUGAUGUAAGUGAAUCAGCCUCAUUGGACGUGAUCCUGACAAACCUCAUCGCGGGGAAUCUGCUUUCCUCUGCUCUCAUCUGGAUCACCUCCAGACCAGCAGCAGCUGAUCUCAUCCCCUCCAAGUGUGUUGAUCGAGUCACUGAAGUACGAGGCUUCAGCAACACACAGAAGGAGGAAUACUUCAGAAAGAGAAUCAGAGAUGAGAGUCUGAAAAAAAGAAUCAUCUCACACCUGAAGUCAUCCAGGAGCCUCUACAUCAUGUGUCACAUCCCAGUGUUCUGCUGGAUUUCAGCCACUGUUCUAGAGAGAAUUUUGAGUGAAGCAGUGAGUAGGAGAGAAAUGUACACACACUUCCUGAUCAUUCAGACAAACAUCAAACAUCAGAAGGACUAUGAGAAGAAAGUGAAGAAUGAUGGAGACAUGAUCUUCAAACUGGGGAAACUGGCUUUUGAGCAGCUUGUGAAAGGGAACCUGAUCUUCUAUGAUGAGGACCUGAGAGAGUGUGGCAUUGAUGUAGCAGAAGCAUCAGUGUACUCAGGAUUGUGCACUCAGAUCUUCAGAGAGGAGUUUGGCUUGAGUCAGGGGAAAGUUUACUGCUUUGUUCAUCUCAGCAUUCAGGAACAUCUAGCAGCUCUGUAUGUGCUUCUCUCAUUCCUGUUACACAAGAGAGAUGUACUUAUUCAAAGUUUACCUUCUGAACAUUCAGAUGAGUUCACAUGUGACACAAUAUCACAUGUGCAUCAUAGAGCUGUGGAUAAAGCUCUACAGAGUGAUAAUGGACAUCUGGAUCUCUUCCUCAGAUUUCUUCUGGGUCUCUCACUGGAGUCCAACCAGAAACUUCUGCAGGAUCUUCUGACACACACAGUGAAUGACUCCUGGAACAAAGAGGACACUCUCGACUACAUUAAAACCAGAAUAAGAAUGAAUCCCUCACCUGAGAAAUCCAUCAAUCUGUUUCACUGUUUAAAUGAACUGGGUGAUCAGUCUCUUUUGAAUGAAGUGCAGGAGUUUGUAAAAUCUAGAGAUCUAUCAAGCAGCAGAUUGUCAUCGUCUCGAUGGGCUGCCUUGGUGUUUGUUUUACUGACCUCCGAGCAGUUAGAUGUGUUUGAUUUUAAUCAAAACAGAAGCCCAUUUAGAAAUAAAGAUGACAUGACACCAGAUGAAGUUCUUCUGAAGCUGCUGCCUGUGGUUGAAGCAUCAAGAUCAGCUCAAGAUUCCAAUCUCUCUGGGAAUUCAUUUGGAGGUUCAGGACUGCAGCUGCUCUCUGAUGCACUGAAGAAUCCAAACUGUAAACUUGAGCGACUGCGGUUGAGUUCUUGUGAUAUCAAAGAUGAAGGUUGUGUUGCUCUGACUUUAGUUCUAAGUUCAAACUCCUCACAUCUGAGAGAACUGGAUCUAUCUAGGAAUUAUAAUCUAGGAGAUUCAGGAGUGAAGCUGCUCUCUGCUGGACUGGAGAAUCCAAACUGUAAACUGAAGAAACUGGUGUUGUGGCAGUGUAAUAUCACAGAUGAAGGUUGUCCUGCUCUGGUUUCAGCUCUGAAAUCAAAUUCACACUUGAGAAAACUGAAUCUGACUAAUAACAAGCUUGGAAAUUCAGGAGUGAAGCUGAUAUCUGAUGUACUGGAGAAUCCAAACUGUAAACUGGAGAAACUGGUGUACGACCUAAGUCUCUUGCAUCAACACAGUUACAUGUCAACAGAUGAAGGUUGUGCUGCUCUUGCAUCAGCUCUGAGAUCAAAGUCACAUCUUAGAAAACUGAAUCUGUCUGAGAAUUAUCUAGGAGAUUCAGGAGUGAAGCUGCUCUCUGCUGGAUUGGAGCAUCAAAACUGUAAACUGGAGCAACUGAGUCUAGUGGAUGAUUAUGAUCCUUGUUUCUGGUCGGAUGAUGAUUAUUGUGACUGGACUGAUGACGAUUGUGCUGAUUGGUCUGAUGACGAUUGUGUUGAUGGGACUAAUGACGAUUGUUUUGAUUGGUCUGAUGACGAUUGUGUUGAUGGGACUAAUGAGGAUUGUUGUAAUUGGACGGAUGACCAUGAUGAUGACCAUCUGCUCAUGGUCUGGGGUGUAUUACAGAAAGAAGGGUUAACUACCAGUCCCGCAAUGUCUGAUGCUGUGGAUCAUCAUCACAACCUUAAUGAUGAACCCGAGUCAUCUUGCUUUGGUUUAAUCGAGAUGGACAGAUCAGACUCACCAGAAACCAGCUGUGUGUCUAUGAAGAGUGAUCAGUCUCUAGAUCCUCCAUCUAACUUCAGAAAGAACUCUGAUCUUGGGUUUAGACCAGAGCUCAGCUGUGUGUCCAUGAAGAGUCAUCAGUCUUUGGAUCCUCCAUCUAACUUUAAGAAAGAAACUGAUCAUGGAUUUAGAUCAGAUCCACCAGAACCCAGCAGUGUGUCCAUAAAGAGUCAUCAGUCUUUGGAUCCUACAUCUAACUUCAGAAAGAACUCUGAUCCUGGGUUUAGACCAGAACUCAGCUGUGUGUCCUUGAAGAGUCAUCAGUCUUUGGAUCCUACAUCUAACUUUAAGAACGAAACUGAUCAUGGAUUUAGAUCAGAUCCAACAGAACCCAGCAGUGUGUCCAUAAAGAGUCAUCAGUCUUUGGAUCCUACAUCUAACUUUAAGAAAGAAACUGAUCAUGGAUUUAGAUCAGAUCCACCAGAGCUCAGCUGUGUGUCUAUGAAGAGUCAUCAGUCUUUCGAUCCUACAUCUAACUUCAAUAAACAAACUGAUCAUGGAUUUAGAUCAGACCCACCAGAACCCAGCGGUGUGUCUAUGAAGAGUCAACAGUCUUUGGAUCCUACGUCUAACUUCAAUAAACAAACUGAUGUUGGGUUUAGAUCAGAUCCACCAGAACCCAGCGGUGUGUCUAUGAAGAGUCAUCAGUCUUUGGAUCCUCCAUCUAACUUCGCUGGAAAAAACAAUUUGCCAGUUUUAAGACCAGACCAGCAGAGCAGAUUAAAACCAUCAGAACCUGACUGUCACAGCUCAGACUCUCAGUGUGCUGAAGUCCUCAAGGAAUUUAGAUCAAAUCUUCGGAAGAGGUUUGAGUGUUUGUGUGAGGGGAUAUCAAAGAUGGGAAACCCAACACCGCUGAAUAAGAUCUACACUGAGCUCAACAUCACAGAGAGUGAAAGUGGAGAGAUCAGUAAUGAACAUGAGGUGAGACAGAUUGAGACACAAUCCAGAAGAUCAGAAACAGAGGACAAACUAAUAAAAUGCAAAGACAUCUUUAAACAUUUACCUGAACAACACAAACCCAGAUGUGUGCUGACAAAGGGAGUCGCUGGCAUUGGAAAAACAGUCUCUGUGAAGAAGUUCAUUCUGGACUGGGCUGAAGGGAAAGAGAAUCAGGACGUCCACCUCAUAUUUCCACUUCCUUUCAGAGAGCUGAAUCUGAUGAAAGACAAACAUCUCAGUCUUCUAGAUCUUCUUCAUUUUUUCUUCCCAGAAACCAAAGAAAUGGAAAUCUCCAGCUGUGAAUAUAAAGUGUUGUUCAUCUUUGAUGGUUUGGAUGAGUGUCGUUUGUCUCUGGAUAUUCAAAGUGUGAGGAUGUGUGAUGUAAGUGAAUCAGCCUCAUUGGACGUGAUGCUGACAAACCUCAUCGCGGGGAAUCUGCUUCCCUCCGCUCUAAUCUGGAUCACCUCCAGACCAGCAGCAGCUCAUCUCAUCCCCUCUAAGUGUGUUGAUCGAGUCACAGAGGUACGAGGCUUCACUGACAAACAAAAGGAGGAAUACUUCAGAAAGAGAAUCAGAGAUGAGAGUCUGAGCAACAGAAUCAUCUCACAUCUGAAGUCAUCCAUGAGCCUCUACAUCAUGUGUAAGAUCCCAGUGUUCUGCUGGAUUUCAGCCACUGUUCUAGAGAGAAUGUUCAGUGAAGCAGAGAGAAGAAAGAUCCCCAAGACUCUCACUGAAAUGUACACACACUUCCUGAUCAUUCAGACAAACAUCAAACAUCAGAAGGACUAUGAGAAGAAAGUGAAGAAUGAUGGAGACAUGAUCUUUAAACUGGGGAAACUGGCUUUUGAGCAGCUUGUGAAAGGGAACCUGAUCUUCUAUGAUGAGGACCUGAGAGAGUGUGGCAUUGAUGUAGCAGAAGCAUCGGUGUACUCAGGAUUGUGCACUCAGAUCUUCAGAGAGGAGUUUGGCUUGUAUCAGGGGAAAGUUUACUGCUUUCUUCAUCUCAGCAUUCAGGAACAUCUAGCAGCUCUGUAUGUGCUUCUCUCAUUCCUGUUACACAAGAGAGAUGUCCUCAAGGAAUAUUUCCCCUUAAAACCUGAGUUCACAUGUGACACAAUAUCAGAUGUGCAUCAUCGAGCUGUGGAUAAAGCUCUACAGAGUGAUAAUGGACAUCUGGAUCUCUUCCUCAGAUUUCUUCUGGGUCUCUCACUUGAGUCCAACCAGAAACUUCUGCAGGAUCUUCUGACACACACAGUGAAUGACUCCUGGAACAAAGAGGACACUCUCGACUACAUUAAAACCAGAAUAAGAAUGAAACCCUCACCAGAGAAAUCCAUCAAUCUGUUUCACUGUUUAAAUGAACUGGGUGAUCAGUCUCUUGUGAAUGAAGUGCAGAAGUUUGUAGAAUCUGGAAAUCUAUCAAGCGGCAGAUUCUCAUCGUCUCAAUGGGCAGCAGUGCUGUUUGUUUUGCUGAACUCAGAGCAGUUAGAUGUGUUUGAGUUAACUAAAUGUGUAAGUCAAUUAAAAAAUAAAGACAACAUGACAUCAGAUAAGGUUCUUCUGAAGUUGCUGCCUGUGGUUGAAGCAUCAAAAUCAGCUCAGCUUUCUGAUUGUAAACUGACGGAGAAAUGCUGUGCUGGUCUGACUGAAGUUCUCACUUCAAAUUCUUCAUGUCUGAGAGAUCUGAAUCUGUCUGGGAAUCAUUUAGGAAAUUCAGGAGUGAAGCUGCUCUGUGAUGCACUGAAGAAUCCAAACUGUAAACUGGAGACACUUGUGUUGUGGGAUUGUGGUAUGACAGAGGAAGGUUGUAAAGCUCUGGCUUCAGCUCUGAAAUCAAACCCCUCACACCUGAGAAAACUUAAACUGUCUGGGAAUAAACUAGGAGGUUCAGGAGUGAAGCUGCUCUCAGCUAGGCUGAAGAAUCCAUGCUGUAAACUGGAGAUACUGGACUUGAGUCAUUGUGGUGUGACAGAUGAAGGUUGUGAUGCUCUAGCGGCAGCUCUAAAAUCAAACUCACACCUGAGAGAUCUGGAUUUGUCUGAAAAUAAACUAGGAAGUACAGGAGGGAAGCUGAUCUCUGCUGGGCUUGAGAAUCCAAACUGUAAACUUGAGACACUGCGGUUUCGUGAUUGUGGUGUCACAGAUAAAGGAUGUUCAGCUCUGGCUUCAGCUCUGAGAUUAAACCACUCACACCUGAGAUAUCUGGAUCUGUCUAAGAACAAACUUGGAGGUUCAGGAGUGAAAUUUCUCUCUGCUGGACUGAAGAAUCCAAACUGUAAACUGGAGAAACUUGUGUUGUCGGAUUGCGGUGUAACAGAUAAAGGUUGUGCAGCUCUGGCUUCAGUUCUGAUAUCAAACUCACACCUGAGAGAACUGAAUCUGACAAAUAAUAAAAAACUAGGAGAUUCAGGAGUGAAGCUGCUCUCUGAUGGACUGCAGAAUCCAAACUGUAAACUGGAGAAACUGGAGUUGAGUCGUUGUGGUGUCACGCAUAAAGGUUGUGUUCCUCUGGCUUCAGCUCUGAAAUCGAAUCCCUCACAUCUGAAAGAUCUGAAUCUGUCAGUGAAUAAUAUCAGUGGUUCAGGAGUGAAGCUGCUGUCUGCUAGACUAAAGAAUCCAAAGUGUAAACUGGAGAUACUACGGUUGAGUUCUUGUGAUAUCACAGAGGAAGGUUGUGAUGAUCUGGCUUCAGCUUUGAAAUCAAACUCACACCUGAGAGAUCUGAAUCUGUCCGAGAAUAAUCUGGGAGAUUCAGGAGUGAAGAAUCUCUCUGCUGUACUGAAAAAUCCAGAUUGUAAACUGGAGACACUAAGGUUGAGUGAUUGUGGUGUGACAGAUGAAGGUCGUGUUGCUCUUACUUGUGCUCUCGAAUCAAGCUCAGGCCUAAAAAAACUGUAUCUGACUGGUCAUAAAACAAGGACGUUCAGGAAUGAAGCUGCUCUCUGAAUCAAAGGACUCGGAUUAUAAACUGGAGAAACAGGGAUGAACUUAUUAUGAUUCAAGUGAUGACAUGUUCAUAUUCUGAUGAUGGAGUACCAUAGUGAUGUCACAGCCAACAGAAUGCACUGUACAAAUACCAAAAACAGUUAUUUUACUUAUUAAGGUUUUAAGAAGCGGGUCCCCAACGUUACAAUUCGGGACCUGACAGAUAUAAUCUAUUUCAAGACCCAUCACUUUUAUCGAGAAAAAAAACUAUUUGCCCCAUUCACUUGUUCUUUGUGUUUGCUCUUCGAUUAUGGCAAUUUUUUUAUAUUAUUCCUCUUGAUACUGUAAUUGGAUUUUUUUAUGUUGAUGUUAUAUUGACGUGUGUUUUAAAAUGUCUUAUAACUUUCUGUAGAGCAACUAAAUAGUUUUAUAUUUUUAUAUAAACAUCCAGAACAAACUGUUCCUGAAAUACUUGAUGACUACUGUACUAUAUAGUGUCGAAAGGACACCUUGAUUUUACACAUUCAAAAUCAUCAAAACUAUGAAAUGCCUUAUAUAACAACAGGAAUUAUUUGUGACCAAAAGAACAAGAAGUAAUCAAAAAAUGUUACAUGUACAAAAACACUUCUAUUAUAAAACACAUGCUUCAUUUGUACUGUGAAAGAACCGCUUGCACAUCCAGUG